AUGACGUCCUCAGCCGACACGUCGAUGUAUUCUGACAUGUCAGUGUCAGACAUGUCAAACCUAUCAAUAAGCUGCAGACCUAAGAGGAAAAUUAGACCUCCAAAACAAGACUUAGACCAUGCUGUAUUAAUAUCUCUUGUGGAACAGUACCCUGUCCUUUGGGAUUUCGAAUUUCCUGGGUACCACAAUCUGGAUAUGCGUAAUGAGGCAUGGGAUGAAAUUGCGAAAAGAUUUCAUUCUACCACUGGACAGGAUUGCCUAAAGUUGUGGACGACAAUUAGGAAGCACCUCUAUCAAAAUGAAGAAAGGCAUAGGAAGGCCACUGCAUCUGGAUCAAAAGCCACCCGUCACAAGCCUUAUGUGUAUGCCAAGCAAUUGUCAUUUCUCAAGAAACUGCGAAAUGAACAGGAUGAAAUAACGGAAGGGAAUGGUCGUUCUGCUCUUGAUCAGCACUUAUCCGAACCCUUGUACACAUCUUCCCCUUUGAAAACUCCAAAGCAGGAACUUCAAAGUACCCUCGUUACACCUUCACCCAAAAAAACUAAAAAGAGAGGAAAUAAGGAGUUCAAGGUAAUGCCAACAAUCGAAGAGACAGAUGAUGAAUGCAAUGCUGAUGAUAAUGGUCUUCUAAGUCCAAAAAAGGCAAGAAAAAUUAAGAGGCAGAAAGAACUACUUGCUAAAAGAGAAGCCCAGACUGCUGCCAUCAAAGCCCAAGUCCUCAAGGCACAAUCGGAGAGACUAUUGCAGCGGCAGAAAACAGCAUCCGAAGAAACAGUGACAGUGAAGAGGGAGCAGGGACAAUUAGAGAAGCUGCAGCAUUAUGCAGCAUCUCAAGAUGUGGAUGAUACAUUUACAUACUUUUGUAUGUCUCUGGUUGAUCCAUUGAGGGCAUUACCUCUGAACAUCUCUAAAGGGCUCCGGGUAUCAAUUUUAAAACAAAUCUUUGAGGCAGCAGAGGAUAAAGAGGACCAAGCACGGGAUUGUGUGACAUUCAGAAAGUCUUGGGCUAAGAUAACAGAAGAAAUGCAGUAUGAAAUUGAAUCCUGCCUUAAUGGCCCUGAUGACCUGAAAAUCAUCCGAAAAGAGUACACAAACGAUUUGAGGCUGUUGGAUCUAAAAACUCUCCGACCUGGAGUAUGGAUCACUGACACGGUCAUCAACCAGUACUUCAGACUUGUGGCUGCUGAGUGCCAAACAAUGUACCCGUUCAGCACCCAUUUCCUUACAAAAUUGGCUGGGAUCAAAAAUGAGGAAGAUCAAAGUCACUUGAAGUGGACCAAUUCAGUUGAUAUUUUCUCAUUUGAAAAGCUUCUUAUCCCCAUUCAUACCAACCAAGGAACUCAUUGGGUCUUGUUAGUGGUAGACAUAAUGUCUGCCUCUUUGAGAUACUACGACAGCAUGAAUGAAGAAAAUGACUUGUACCCACAACUCAUUCGGGAGUAUCUGAAUCUCGAAUACAAAACCAAGCAAGGUGUAGAAUUGAACUGUGCUUGGCCUGUUGAACAAAUGAAGGUUACACCCCAGUUGAAUGGGUCUGACUGUGGGAUUUUCGUUUGCCUUUUCGGGGAGUAA